GUGACCCUGGCUGUACUCGGACCAUUUCGGGCUUGCAGCGUGCCUUGGUCGCGACUUGAUCUGCCAGUGAUGCCGAGGACACACCAGGCUCCCCAAGGUGCUGCUGCCUCCAGCUCUGCUUCAAAGACGGCCAACUACCAGCACAGCCCCGCACAUCGUGGUCGCCUGGCAAACGAGCCAGUUAAUUUGUACGUCGCUUCAGCAUGGCCACUGCCGAAUGGCUCACCUCAUGGCCUGGAAGACUCUGAAAAAGACAGGCUAGGUCACGCACAUGCGAGCGGUACAGUCAGCCCUGUAUCGAAGACCACCAGUACCCAAUUAAGCGAAGGCCAUGCUGUGGGCCAGCCCAGGAGCUUUUUUGGGACCCCCACACGGCCCCUGCCAACAGCUUCGCCUACGUCUCGUAAAAAGGGGUCCGGUAAACAGAGGCUUCGCCAGUUCUGGGCACAGGUCUUGGAGAAACCUGACACAGCACUUCUCUUGUCACCAAGCUGGCAACGACCUCAGGUGGCUGAUGGUGGUAGAGCUGAUAAGAAGACAAGCAAGUGCUCGUCAACAAAUAUUAAAGGCCGUGCAGCUGCACUGACAAAAGACCAGUGUCGAUCGCCGUUUACACUGGUCCAGCCUAAGGAAAUCACCGGCUGCCAGGUUUCACGGUUACCGCGUCUCAUCAAAUCGUCUGUGCGGACAGGUGCCAGCAACGAGUCUGAGCAAGCGCGAGUGCUUCCACAGAGUAUUCCUGUCAGUCCUUUGUCUUAUUACUGCCGGCAGCGAAUUGCCGACAUUCAGGCUGAAGGAAUCUCGAGCAAAAAGGGGUCAGAGCUGCCACAACACAUAAAGCCAUCUGUACCACUGGCAGAGCAUAACGACUCAGAGCGGAAGCCAGCACGCCCAUUGCCUGUAGAUGCACUUCCAACAGGCGCACAUGUACUCACAUGGAAGGCAUGGUUCAACAACAUGGAAGAGCUCACCAGCUGGGACGUCUGUGAGAUGAAGUUGCGCGAGUUAUUCGGUCAAUCUGUCGGGUGCAAGCAGGCCGCUAAGAAAGAACUUGUUAACUGUGUCCAGACAUCCACGGAGUCUUACCUGGCCUAUAUUCAAGAUGUCUUGACCCUCUGCCGUAAGGCUGAUACCACCAUGACCGAAGCCGACAAGGUUGCGCACCUACUCAAGGGCAUCGCUGAUGAGGCCUUUAGCCUCCUUGUAUUUAAAGGCUGUUCGACAGUUCAAGACGUCAUUAAAGACAGUCGCUUUCGUGAUUUGGAGGAAUUGGCCGUCGAGGCAAAGCGCAUUCAAGGCGACGUUCUCGCCGCGCAUGCCUAUCGCCCGACACCGCCAGCCAGCGAGGCCAUUGAACCGCGCUGCGCGUGGGGAGGGGCCAUGACCCUUCCUCAGAGGCAACAGCCCGCCGGAGCUGCCUUUGCGGCUACCGCUACAGGUGGGCGCACGUGGGAAAUAAGCGAUCUAGCUUUAGAUCCCUACACGUACGAGAGGCGUGCAGCCGGUGCUGCAUCGCAACUCGACGCGCGCGAGCAGGGACGAAAUCUGACCCAGCGCAUCACCGUUCGUGACGGUCGUCAGAGCGGUUCCUUUGAUCACGCGGCGAACCGAUCCCUGCAGCUCGCAGCUGCUCCGUCUAGGGAAAGGGGCCGCGAUGGAGUGCGCUGCUUCUGCUGCCGUCAACGAGGGCACAUAGUGAGGGAGUGCUCCGCGUUUGUGCCUCCUGUGAGGCAGGGAAAUGGGAGCGCGGGCCGUUCUUGA